CGGCGUGCUGCCUGUGGGACGCGUUGUCAACAACGGCAGGCGCUGCGUCCACCACAUGAGAACGACGUUGGAUCGGAGUUUGGGAUGAGAACGAAAGGGCAGCGCGAUGGACAAGUACGAGAACAUCUCCGUGGUGGGCGAGGGCUCGUACGGGCUGGUGAUGAAGUGCCGCCACCGCGAGACGGGGCAGCUCGUCGCCAUCAAGAAGUUCAUCGAGACCGAGGAGGACCAGAACGUGCGCAAGAUGGCGCUCCGCGAGAUCCGCAUGCUCAAGAAGCUGCGGCACGAGAACCUGGUGAACCUGAUCGAGGUGUUCCGGCGGAAGCGGCGCUUCUACCUGGUGUUCGAGUUCGUGGACCACACGGUGCUGGACGAGCUGGAGGAGAAGCCGGGCGGCCUGGGGGAGCUGGUGACGCGCUGCCACACCUUCCAAGUGCUGCGCGCCAUUCACUACUGCCACUCCAACAACAUCGUGCACCGCGACGUGAAGCCGGAGAACGUGCUGGUGUCGCGGCUCGGCGUGGUCAAGCUGUGCGACUUUGGGUUCGCGCGGCUGCUCGCUGCACCGGGAGAGCCGUACACGGACUACGUGGCCACGCGCUGGUACCGCGCCCCGGAGCUGCUCGUCGGAGACGUCAAGUACGGCAGGGAAGUUGACAUCUGGGCAGUGGGCUGCCUGUUUGCCGAGAUGAUGACGGGCGAUCCGCUGUUCCCUGGAGAUUCUGACAUCGACCAGCUGUUCCAGAUCGUAAAAAUGCUUGGGAAGCUGGCGCCGCGGCACCAGCAGCUGGUGGCGCGCAACCCGCUGCUGCGCGGCCUGCGGCGGGCCGCCGAGGAGCCGGCGCAGACGUUGGCGCGCACCUUCCCCGCGUGGCCGUCGUUCGCCGUCGAGCUGCUGGCGCUGUGCCUCGCCGCCGAGCCGGCGCACCGGCCGUCCGCCGCCGACCUCAUGGAGCAGCCCUACUUCACGCACGACCACUUCCCCGAGCGCUUCCUGCCCGAGCUGCUGGCGCGCGUCGCCCAGGAGAGCCAGGGAAACCCCCUGCUGCGCAGGCAGGCCGCCGCCGCCAUCAGCUCCGCUUCCCGCCGAGACAUCCGGGGUACCAACGUGCGAAGAAGUUUUGCUGAUCCACCAAGAUGGAGGGUAAACCUUAUUCCAGCCGAGCAGAACGCUGGUGGUGACAGCCGUAGAUUUCUUGUAGAUCUGAACAAACCUGCUUCAAGAAGAAAAAUGAGUGAUGGUAAUAACAUUAUGGAUAUAGCUGAAGAGGACCGUGAAAAUAAGGAUGAGCCAGCAAAGACUCCUGGAAUGCUCUCCAAAAGUGACCUAUCUCGUGUGAAAGUGUCUGUGCAUGACAUUCAGCUGAGUACAAAUUUCGGAGAUGAGCAAACUUCGUCACCUUCACCAGCUCCUUUCCAGUCUCUGCAGCUACAUACAUUUAACACAAACACUCAGGUUCAAAAUGAACAUUCCAUUCCUUCUUCUCAAGGACACAAUAACAUGCAAGUUUUACAUCCAUCCAUUAACAAUUUGAGUUUCAGUGUGAACAGAGAUCAGACUACAACACUGCCAACAAGGAUUCCUGAACCACUGAAAAAGUCACCACUUGUGCCUGGUGGGAAACUUCGAGAAGUAAAUCGCCCUCUACCAACAACUACUUCAGUAAAUGCUACUCCCAUGCUUCACGUGGCCCCACGUACUACCUUCAUACGUCGUUUGGAUCGCAGUCUGAUGCUUGAUGUGUGUACGCCAGAUACCCACCAACCUAAUGAGUCUCCUCCUGGUGAUGGGUGGAUUACAACCAGCAAAAGACUCCUAUCAAAACCACAAAAGCAACAGGCUGUUGAUGACUUCUCCCUGCCUAAUUUACCUGGUGCUACUGGCAGUCCAACAAAGGCAUCAAAGAAAAAACAGAACCCAACUCAUCAAACACCAACAGAUGCUUUUAUAUCACCAAGAGGCAGUUCUUCUCGUUCACCAUCACAGAGCCCCAAAACAAGAUUUGGUUCUAACUUACCAUUUGUAUGAGACACUCAGAAAUAGACGUACAAGAAAUUUCUCAAAAUCUUUAAGUUUCAGUACACACUGAUCACGAAAGCCAUGGUACAUUUAGGAAAAGGAUGGUUAACUGUAAUGUUCUGGAUGAGUAAUUUUAAACUGGAGAGUUUACAGUAUCUUCAAAGUAUUCAGUAUAUUAUAAAAUAUGAACAAUAAGGGAAAAAGCAAGAUUGACAUACACAGUAUAUUUGUACUAGACAAUCAUCAUUAUAUUUCCAUAUCACAUGAAACUAAUUGUGGAAAUAAUCAGAAGCAAGAGGGCAGUCUAUGACUUGUGAACUAAACAUUUCCAAGUACAGAUCUGUUAUUGAAACAUCACAACGAAGUCUUAACAAAUUUCAGUUCACAAUUACAUAUCCAUGAACAUCAUAGAAUGUCAAUAUUCUGCUUUCACAGACCUCCUUUCAGUAUCUUCUUGCCAGAUACAUGAUCACUAAUUUGAUGAAUUAAUGUUCUGAUUGAAAAAUCAUUUAUGUAUUAAUUUUGUUUGU